AUGGCUCUCCUCGCCUGAGCCCCCCCCCCCCCCCCCGCGCCACGCCGGCCGCCCCGCUGGCCAUGGCGCUCCAGCUCCGCCGCCUCCUCCCGCACGGCUACGCCCAGCGCCACCGCGCCGUCACCCACGCUCUCUUGCCGCCGCCGCUCCCCACAAUGCUUCAGUUCGGGACAUUUCAGAGAUAUUCUUCCACCCCUUGGGCCUUUUUGCCUUUCCAUCCUUGUGAAAUGUGCGGGGUUGCAUUCAGAUGCAAUUCAGCAAGGCAAAUAUCUUCAAGAAAAAGUUCUGGGGUUGCCCUACGGCCCAAAAGUAGUGCCUUUUUUACUACUGGGCUUCUUGGCAAGCAUAGUCCCAUAUGUUUCAAAGCCACAGACAACUGUGGAAUUGCUUUAAAGGCUAAUAAUAUUGGUAAUUCACGACCAUUCUCAACUGCAUGCAGUAAAAAGCUAAGGUUCCUCUCUAAAAAUAAUUGUUCGUUCGGAAACCUAAAUAUGAGAAGGGAAGAUGGAAGUGCUGCACAUGGUUUGUUUCACAGAUCUGAGAAACGACAAAGCACAUUAGCUGCAUGUAGUACUGUUGCUGACGAGGCUUCAGCAUCUACUAGUAAUAGCAGCAAGAGUGUUACCAGUGCUAAGACUGGCACUGCCAAGAGGAAGAGUUCUAGAGGAAGCAAAAAGGAAGUUGAUGGAGAUAUGAAUGAAAAGAAAGUACCUACCAAGAAAAAGAGGAUAUUUAGUAGAACCCGUAAAGCUGCAACAAAAACGACCGGGAGUAUUAGUGAGAACCAAGAAGACAAGAAGGCUGAUAAUUCUAAAUCCAAAAAGGGUGCUGAUAGUUCUAAAGAGAACAAAGUGAAUAAUAGGUCAAAAUCAAAAGCAAAGGUUUCUGCUGCUUCUACUGUGCCUGAUGAAGCUGAGAUUUGCAUGAAAACCUCUAAUGGUGGUUCUCAUAGUGAGACAAAGCCACUUGUGCCACUGUAUCCUCCCACAGCCAAAUCAGUUGUGGUUGUGGAAUCAGCCACGAAAGCAAAAGUUAUCCAGAAUUAUCUUGGGGACAUGUAUGAAGUGCUACCAAGCUAUGGUCACGUGAGAGAUUUAGCAGGUAGGUCAAAAUCCGUCCGCCCUGAUGAUGACUUCAGCAUGGUCUGGGAGGUGCCUGCUGCUGCCUGGACACACCUUAAGAGCAUUAAAGUAGCACUGAAAGGAGCAGAAAAUUUAAUUCUUGCAUCUGAUCCUGAUCGUGAAGGUGAAGCUAUUGCUUGGCACAUCAAAGAAAUGCUUGAACAGCAAGGCGCAUUGGCCUGUGAUGUGACUGUUGCAAGAGUUGCUUUCCAUGAAAUAACUGAGUAUGCAAUAAAAAAGGCUUUAACCUCCCCGAGAUAUAUUGACAUGGACUUAGUUAAUGCUUAUCUUGCACGACGUUCUCUUGAUUAUCUGAUUGGGUUUGGCAUAUCGCCACUUCUGUGGAGGAAGUUGCCUGGUUGCCAGUCAGCUGGACGGGUCCAAUCUGCAGCUUUGGCCCUUGUAUGUGAUCGGGAAGCUGAAAUAGAACAGUUUAAGCCACAAGAAUAUUGGACAGUACAGACAGACUUCAAAACCCAAUUUGCAGAUCCAUCGAAUCACACAUUCAUUUCAUCCCGUAUAAAGCUUCUGAAUUCAAAAAAGUUGGAUCAACUUUCCAUAUGUUCUCAAGAAGAAGCGCAAGCUAUAGAAAAGAGGAUUCAUUCUUCUCAGUUUGAAGUUAUAGGUGUCAAAAGAAGUAAAAUUCAAAAGAAUCCUCCGAUGCCAUAUAUUACAUCCAGUCUUCAGCAGGAUGCAGCAAACAAACUACAUUUUACUGCAGGGCAUACCAUGAAGGUUGCCCAAAAGCUUUAUGAGGGUAUGAACCUUUCAUCGGAAGAGGCGACUGGGUUGAUAACAUAUAUGAGAACUGAUGGGUUCCAUAUUUCUGAUGGAGCUGCAGAAGACAUCCGUUCAUUAGUCAAAGAAAGAUAUGGUGAGGAGUAUGCUGCAGAGGACAUCAGGAAGUAUUUAAAGAAGGUGAAAAAUGCUCAAGAAGCCCAUGAAGCCAUUAGGCCCACCAGUAUAAGGAGGCUGCCAUCAUCUUUGGUUGGAGUACUUGAUGAUGAUUCUCUAAAACUGUACACUCUAAUAUGGAAAAGGACAAUGGCUUGCCAAAUGGAAGCUUCCAGAAUUGAUCUGAUUCAAGUGGAUAUUGGAACUCCAAAAGGUGACAUGAGUUUUCAUUCGUCUGCAUCUAGACUGGACUUCAAGGGAUACCAAGCUGUCUAUGAGGACAGUGAGGCAAGUCCAUCCAGCGACAGCUCCGUGGGAGAUUCUGUGCAUGAGGGUAACUUUGAUGCUUUGUCCAAAUUAAAGGUUAAGGACUUGGUGUCUCCAGUUAAUGUGCAUCUUGGGCAACACUUUACUAAGCCACCAUCACGUUAUUCUGAGGGUGCAUUGAUUAAGAAGCUAGAAGAACUUGGAAUCGGAAGGCCUUCUACUUAUGCAUCUAUACUGAAAGUGUUACAGGACCGGAAAUAUGUGACAAUAAAAGGUCGAGUUCUGCACCCUGAAUUCCGCGGUCGAAUGGUUUCGGCAUUCCUUUUGCACCAUUUUUCUGAGGUUGCUGAUUACAGCUUUACAGCUAACAUGGAGACAGAGCUCGACAAUGUAUCUGCUGGGUCAACCGAAUGGAAGGGUCUUCUGAAAGAUUACUGGGAACGAUUCAGUAAAUAUUGUGCAGAUGCUAGUAAACUGGAUGGCAGAAAGGUAGAGAGAAUGCUUGAAGAAAAAUUUGGUCCUAUCCUCUUUCCUGAUGUUGACAAGGAUAGUAGGAUUUGCCCUAGUUGUUCUGAAGGAACCCUGAGAUUUAAAGUUAGUAGGUAUGGUGAAGGCUACUUUAUAGGCUGUGAUCGACAUCCGAAAUGCAAGUACAUUGCUCGCUCAUUGUCACAGCAAGAAGAUGAAACUGAACCCACAGAUGAAGGUCCUAAGUCUUUUGAACCCAGGUUACUUGGUGUCAUGCCUGAUUCCAAUGAAAAGGUGUUUUUGAAACAAGGUCCAUAUGGUCAUUAUGUUCAGGUUGGGGAGGACAAAAAGGGACUGUUUCCGAAAAGGGCUUCCCUUUCUGAGGUCAAAGAUAUAGACACUGUCACUCUAGAUGAUGCAAUUGAGCUGCUGCAAUAUCCCAAAAUUCUGGGAAAACAUCCUGAUGAUGAUCAUCCGGUACUUAUAACACAUUCUAAAGUUGGAUAUAACAUCAAACAUAGGAGAUCUCUUGCUGCAUUGCCAAAGAAUAUGGACCCGAAGAAGAUCACGCUUGAGCGUGCACUGAAACUUCUGAGUGGUAAAAGUGUCAGACAGAUUGGUCGGCCAAAGGGGAAAUCUAAAACGAAGGAACCCAUUGAAUGGCAUUAGUGGAGGCCUGAACUCGUUGCAAAAUCCGAAACAUGUGAUUGAUAGUUGGUCAGAGUUAUAUCCAUACAGAAAAUUCAAUGACUGGUCGUUACAAAGCAUAAAUUGGUUUGGCCUUCAGCACGGCGGGCACAAAGCUCUAUGCGUGACAGAAGCUGGUCUACAAGAACAUGAACUGUGCUUCACAAGCGGCCUUACAUUCGAUAACUAAUACCGGGUUUUCUCUAUACUAGCCAGGGGUGAUACACAACACUAGUCAAAUUCAGGUCAUCUUUUCCAUUUCAUUUUUUGCCCUUUGUCAUCACCAGAAGUUGUAUAGAAAGCACUACACAACCUACCAGAUUAUACACCCAUAGGUUUUCUGCAACUUGCAGUUUAAAUGAGCUGCACAUGAGAUCAGAGGGUGGUUUUAUCACCUCUUUCAUUCUUUUGCAGCAUCCCUGAUCCUUUUCAGGUGAAUGCUGCAUUUUUUUUUGAAAAUGGAUGUUUUUCUUGUUCUAUUUGAAGAACUGUUACUAUGAUGGAAGGCCCUAGGCUGAAUUUAUGCACACUUUUUCCUAGUCCCAACUAACUACGCAUUUUUUGUCCUGAAGAUAACUGUAUCUUGCCUAAGAAAACACACCCACUUGUGCUGUUGUUUUUUUGACGGUCUUGGUAGUGCUGAGUUGAGUGGGAUGGAUGUGAACUGUAUUUUUUUUGAAAUAUUUAAUGUGAACUGUAUUGCGACUCAGAAA